AUGUUACGAGGCUAUGUUAACAAUCAGCUGUUCUGUUACACAUAACAGCGUUCUCUGUAAUUUCCUUUUUGUUGUUUAUCUUGAUUUAUUGUUAUUUAUUGAUUAUAUAUGGCAGCAUUGCUGCUUUUGCGAGCCUGCAGAAGGCAAUCAUUUGCUGGAGCGUAUAAUUACAUUUACCCGGGAACUACGACUUCCAAUAACACAUACAAUCAUCGGCUGGCGUCUACAGAAGCGGCGUCCGCAAGUGUCCAACUGGCAAAUGCCGGUGGAUUGGUGGGUUUCUGGCAGACAUUGUCCAAUAGCACACCAGUGGCCUACAUGCAGGAUGUCCUUGUCAAGAUACACGACUACAGCGGCCUGCCCUGGUGGGCAUCCAUCGUGCUGUCUACUUUUCUGCUCCGGAGCGUCGUCACCCUGCCACUGACCAUUUACCAGCACAAAAUCACGGCCAGGAUCGAGGGGAUAGCGCUGGAGAUGCCCGCCAUAGUGGAGGAGCUGAAAAAAGAGGCGGCCAUGGCCAAGCACAAGUUCAAGUGGAGCGACAAGCAGACGCAGAUCGUCUACCGGCGUUCGAUCAAAAAGCAGUGGCAAAAUCUGAUAGUCCGCGAUAACUGCCAUCCCAUGAAGACCAUGAUAGUGCUGUGGGGUCAAAUACCACUGUGGAUCUUUCAAUCCGUGGCGCUGCGCAAUCUGGUCUACAUGCUGCCGGAUCCAAUGGCCAUUCAAGCCCAAAUCGUAGCUACUGAAAUGACCAUUGGCGGAUUUGGUUGGAUACCCAAUCUCACGGUGGUGGACAACUCCUAUAUCCUGCCCGUAACCCUAGGACUCAUCAAUUUGGCCAUCAUCGAAGUGCAAGCCAUGUCCAGAACGCGUCCUCCCACCCGAUUGCAGGGCAUAUUCAACAAUUUGUUCCGUGGCCUGAGUGUUGUGAUGAUUCCAGUCGCCUGCACCGUGCCCUCAGCUUUAUGUGUUUACUGGGUGGCGUCCAGCAGUUUUGGUCUUGCACAAAAUCUGCUCAUCCUCUCGCCGGAUGUGCGACGAUCUGUGGGAAUUCCCAAGACGCAAACGGAACUCAGCCACCCGUACGAUCUGCUCUGGCUAAAAACACAGCAGCGGCUCAGACUCGUAGAGAGGCCACCGGCUGAUAAGCCAGAAGCCAAAUGAUUUUGUUAUUAUCGCCUAGUCUAAUUUAGGUAAGACGUUGAGUUUGUUUUAUGGUUUAUAUAAAUAUAGACAACCCUUAAAUGCAA